ACAGAAGUGGAAUCUUCUGUUGUAGCCCAUCAAGGCUCGAUGUUUUGUGCUUUCAGAGAUGCUUUUCUGAGUGAUUAUUUGAGUUACUACAGUAUAUCUUUCCUGGCACCUCAAUUAAAUCUGGCCAUUUUCCUCUGACUUCUCUUUAUCAUCAAGGUGUUUCCACCCAUAGAACUGUCGCUUACUCAGUGUUUUUUUUUUUUUUUUUGCACCAUUCUGUGUAAACUCUAGAGACUGUUGUAUGUGAAAAUCUCAGGAUAUCAGAAGUUUUUGAAAUACUCAAACCAGCCCAUCAGGCACCAACAACUAUGCCACUGUUAAAGUCACAGAGAUCACACUUUUACCCAAGUCUGAUGUUUGAUGUGAACAUUGCCCGAAGAUCUUGACAUGUAUCUGCAGGAUUUUUUGCCACAUGAUUGGCUGAUGAGAUAACUACAUGAAUAGGCAAGUGUUCCUAAUAAACUGGAUGGUGUGUGUAUACAGUCAUGGGAUCAUAGACCCAACUGGGCCUGAUCUAACUCCUCUUAUAACUCUAACCCUAACCCACAAGAUGCACUUAUCCAGCCUGAAACACUGAUGCACUGAGUUGUCUCCACCCCCUGGAUUUUUGCUCGUCUCCACCCCGGUAGGUGGAGCUGGAUCAGGUCCUACUCCAUCCCACGGACUUGUGGUUCUACAGUGUGCAGGGUGCUUGGAUUUUGGCACGCCUGGUGAACAACUCUUUUCAUGCGUGCUGAUCCUUUCGGCUUUCCAUAUCAGUGAUCUGUGCUUUGUUCCCGAGCUGCCGGUCCAGUCACAUCCCGAGAUGGCUACGGCCAUGGCGGCACCGGUGAAGCAGAGGACCGGGACAAGCCGAGCUCAGCUUCCGCCCUGUUAUUAUGAGGGAUAUCUUGAGAAACGGGGACCUAAGGAGAAGGUGUCCCGGCGACUGUGGACAUGUUUGUGUGGCAAUACCUUAUACUUCUUCAACAAUGCAAAAGACACUAAUUAUGUCGAGAAACUGGACCUGAGUGGGUUUGUGUCUCUGAUCGAUGACUGCAGUCGGGACAGGAAUCUGGAGGCAGCUAGAAUGAAUUUACGCAUGAAGGAUGGAGAGAUAAAACUAACUGCUCCUAACUUGGAGGCACGAGAGUUGUGGAAAGGCUUCCUCUACUCAGUAGUGGAUCUGGCAGUGCCCACGACUCUAACCCUGCUGCCCGGGCAACUGCACAUGCUAAAGGAGGUGGUGGAGAAAGAGAGACAGAGAAGAAGAGCACGAUCACUCUCAAGAGCCCCUUCCUCUCCCCUCUCCCUCCCUCUGGUAGGAGAGAUCCCUGCUUGUUUCAGGCCUGUCUCUCGUACAGAAGCCGAGGUUCUGUUAGAGCGUCACCCAGACUGUGGGAACAUGUUGCUAAGACCGGGCAGAGACGGCACGUCACUUGCAGUAACCACACGACAAGACCUUAAUGGCUCGGUGUUCAGACACUAUCGGGUUACCCAGAAGUCUCAGGGAGGUUACAUCAUCGAUGUGGAAAACCCGAUCCCGUGUCCCACCCUUUAUGAUGUCAUUAACGCACUAGUCGAAAAAACAGCUGGGACACUUCAGCCCUUUCUACUGGAGGAGCCUUAUGAAGAGAAUAUCACAUACAUUUCAUCCAAUGAUGAGAACGGAGAGCGAAUGCUACACUGUGCACCCACUGGCACUUUCUCCAGAGGACCAUCACUGCCACCGAAAGGGUCAGAGAGAUGGUCUUUGAGGUCUCACUCUAAAUCUCCCAGCCCAUCUCAAAGAUCACUAAGCCCUCCAGGUUCGCCAUCCAGCCCUCUGAGACGACUGGUGCUCUCACCCUCGCCCUCACCGCUAGCACAGACAGCUUUCACAGAGGAGCUCAAACAGAAGCUGGAGAAGAGACGCACCAGUCAGGACUGACUUCCUGCUUCUCCCCAGCCCAUCAGCAGCAUGGCCUCGUCCUUUGGCUGUCUGAUUCUGCCAGUGCCUUUGUGAUGACCAUCAUCGCUCACAAACAUCCGGUCUUAUGUUUGUCGUGCAUCAUUAUCAAGCUGCGCAAAAAGACCCAGGAAAGUCUUCUGCCUUAUGGAGGUGACACUUCAAGAAGGACAGUGAUGGUUGACCACAGGGACAGAUCAAUCUGAGCCAAGAACCAGUGUUUCUCCAGACUAGUGACACUUCAUAGCAGAUAGGUGGAUUAUGCAGAGAGACAGUGUUGUCUCAUUAUGUUAGCUGCAGCUGUACAGUACAUUAAUGAACGCCCUGAUGAUGUUCUUCUCCUGUAACUGCCGUGAAAGUUCCAGAAUUCCUUUUCAUACGUGUUCUAAAGACAGCCGUUAUUUUCUUCUCGUUUUCAUUCGAAGCAGCUCCAUCAGGUAAGAUCAUCUCCAACGUUAUAGUCGUGUUAGGACAAAACAAUAGCAAUGAAGAAGUGUCAGAUGUGUACAUUACUGCUGAGAACAGUGUGAACAGUGUUUCUGUAGUGAGGUGUUUUUGUUUCGGUGCGAAUCCUAGACUGAUCGUCAUUACUGGUUUGUGUAAUGAACGUGCAUGGUGCUACUGUUUGUACAUAGAGUUUGUGUGUGUGUGUGUAUCACUGUUCAUUUUUCUCAUAUUUAUUGGAAUUAAAGGGACGAUUUUUUGAUAAA